UGGGAAGUAUAAACUGCUGGUGGUUUCAGUUUUGCUCUCUCUUGCUUCCAGGUCACUACAGGAAUGUUUGGAUCUCACUGUGCACUGCUCCCAGGCUCUGCUUCCCUAUUUUGCCCCAGAUGUGUCCUUCCUUCCUGCCUCCUCCAGCGCUGUUCAUUGCUGUGGGCUACCGAGACAACAGGAAGUUCAAGCGAUUUGAGCCCAGAGUAUAGAGGGUGGACCGAGCAGAAGGAGCUGGAGCACUGGGGACCCACAGGAGCACAGAUAGAAUUUCCAAACCUGCCUUCAGAACCUGUUCGAACACUACAACUUAAGUCCACUGGUUCGCACUCCCUGCGGUAUUUCUUCACCGCCGUGUCCCGGCCCGGCCUCGGGGAGCCCCGGUUCAUUGCCGUCGGCUACGUGGACGACACGCAGUUCGUGCGCUACGACAGCGAAGCGGAGACUCCGAGGAUGGGACCACGGGUGCCGUGGAUGGAGCAGGAGGGGCCGGAGUAUUGGGAGAGAGAGACACGGAAAGCCAGGAACACAGGGAAGAACUUCAAAUUGAAUCUCCAGACUCUGCUUGGCUACUACAAUCAGAGUGACGACGAACCUCACACUCUGCAGUGGAUGUAUGGCUGUGACCUGGGUCCAGAUGGACGCCUGCUCCGUGGGUACUGUCAGGAGGCUUACGAUGGCCGGGAUUAUAUCUCUCUGAACGAGGACCUGAAAUCCUGGACCACAACCGAUGCGGCCUCUCAGAUCUCUAAGCGCAAGUCAGAGAACGUGAACGAGGCCGACCACCAGAGAGCAUACCUGCAGGGCCCCUGCAUAGACUGGCUCCAUAGAUACCUGCAGUUGGGGAACGCUACCCUGCUGCACACAGGUACCAGGAGACCUUCGCUUUUCCUCGGUAGUGUGGGAGAAGGGCUUGGGGCAUCCUCAGAGGAAGAACGCUGUCCAGCAGGCACCAGGCUGAGGAAUAAGAACAGGGAGACUCCAGGCUGCUCUUCCCAUUGGGAGACUAACCCUUUUACGGCAGGUCAGCCUUGAUGAUGGCCCUGGACCACAGGAGCUUUUUCUCUCAGGCCUCCUUCUGUGGUCACCCUCGGUGUCUCUGGAGUCUGACUCCAGCUUUUCUGAGUCUCCUGGCCCUC